AUGACUGCGAGAGCUCCAGCGCCGCUGCUCCGGGCAGGCCGGCAUUUCCCUUCAUCCCCAGCUUUGCGCCGCUCACUCUGCACUCUCACGCCGGCGACGAGACUGCAAUUGCUCCGUGGAGCGUCGCUGCUGAACGGUCCUGCACGGUCGAGCAAGCUGGUUGUCGGCAACAGCUUUCGGCGAAGCUAUGCGGACGCCGUGUCUCCGGCUACACCAGCAGCAGCAGCAGGACCACCUCCUCCGCCGCCGCCUCCUCCCCCAGCACCCAAGCGGAAGAGGUUUAGAUUCUUCAGAUGGACAUACCGGUUGAUACUGCUGUCUGUUCUGGGGACCACUGGAUGGACGGCAUACAAUGUAUACCAGCACCGAAAUCCAGCCGAGCAGGUUCCACCGGAUCCAAGCAAGAAAACCCUCGUCGUUCUAGGAACCGGAUGGGGAUCUGUAUCUCUUCUGAAGAAGCUGGACACCGAAAACUACAACGUCGUCGUCAUCUCGCCGCGGAAUUUCUUCUUGUUCACACCCCUUUUACCGUCAUGUACCACCGGAUUGAUAGAGCACCGUUCGAUCAUGGAGCCCAUCAGGAACAUUCUCCGCCAUAAGAAAGCCACUGUUCAAUACUAUGAAGCUAAGGCGACCAAGAUUGACUACGAGAACCGAGUCGUACAUAUCAGCGACGAGUCCGAGAUCAAGGGUGAUACCUCUAGUACACAGGUUCCAUUCGACCUUCUGGUUGUCGGAGUUGGAGCUCAGAAUGCUACUUUUGGUAUUCCCGGUGUCCAGGAACACUCCUGCUUCUUGAAGGAAGUUGGUGAUGCUCAAAAGAUUAGAACCCGCAUUAUGGACUGUGUUGAGACCGCCAUAUUCAAAGAUCAAACUCAGGAUGAAAUCAAGCGACUUCUUCACAUGGUCGUCGUUGGCGGUGGCCCAACCGGAGUCGAGUUUGCCGGCGAACUGCAAGAUUUCUUCAACGAGGACCUAAGGAAAUGGGUUCCAGAUAUCAAGGACAACUUCCAGGUCACUCUUGUUGAAGCUCUUCCCAAUGUCCUUCCCACGUUUUCCAAACAGCUGAUUGAUUACACAGAGUCCACCUUCAAGGAAGAGGCCAUCAAAAUCCGAACUGGGACCAUGGUCAAGAACGUCACCGACAAGUACAUUGAAGCUCAGGUCACUAAACCAGAUGGCUCCAAGGAGAUUGAAAAAAUUCCCUACGGUCUGCUUGUCUGGGCCACCGGUAACGCUGUACGGGAUGUAGUUCGCGACCUCAUGGGCCAAAUACCAGCUCAGAAGAAGUCUCGCCGUGGUCUCGCUGUCAACGAAUACCUCGUUGUGAACGGCACCGAAAAUAUCUGGGCUGUCGGGGACUGCGCAAUCACCAACUAUGCUCCAACUGCCCAAGUAGCCAGCCAGGAGGGUGCCUUCUUGGCUAGACUAUUCAACACCAUGGCCAAGACAGAUCAGAUAGAACAGGAGCUCAGCCAUCUGUCUGUUGCUCAAUCCGAGGCCAAGGACGACGCAGACCGCAACAAGAUACUAGACGAGAUCAGAGCCCUCCAGCAGCAAAUGAGACGAAUCAAGCAGGUUGGGCCUUUCCAGUAUUCUCACCAAGGAAGUCUCGCCUACAUCGGCAAAGAACGUGCGGUAGCAGACAUCAGCUGGUUGAGCGGAAACAUUGCCAGUGGAGGUACCCUGACCUAUCUCUUCUGGCGAAGUGCCUAUCUAAGCAUGUGCUUUAGCACACGCAACCGCGUCCUUGUCGUCGUCGACUGGCUCAAGGCGAAACUCUUCGGCCGUGAUGUCUCCAGAGAAUAA